GCCAUGACCCAUUGAUUACAAAAGGGUUUCAGAACAAGUUCUUGGUGUAGGGUUAUGGAGAAAUUCAUGAAUCUAACAAGGUCAAGUGUUGACGGUUCACAACCAGAGAAAAAAGGUGAUCUGAGUCGCGGCAGAGACCAGAAGACAUCAAUGCAGAAAACCCAAUCUCAUCAAGAAAAGAAGAAGGGUCAGAAUUGGUUUCAGAGACAGUUCAUAAGGAAAAUGAAUCGGGAUGACCAGUCUGGAGACUUGGAACAUGUCACUGCUAUAGCAGCCGCCGCAUAUGCAGCUAGCAACCAAGAAAUUUCAGAAAUCCCACAACAGAAGACUGGUGGAUCCAAGAGAUUCUCAGAUUCAUUCAAAUUCACAGAUGGAAAAGGGAAGAAGGAGCCAACAUCACCUGCUGGAGAUGAAAAGGCCAUGGCCAGUGUGCCAUCAAAGAAGACAUUAAGUUUUAGAGAGCUCUUAAAGACAAAAUCUGACACCACAGAACCAAAAGUUGCUGCACCAGCACAAUCUGAAUCUUCUAGGCCGCCAACUUCAGCAAUACCACCCACCAGGGACACAGAAGCAGAUGCCUGGGAGAAAGCUGAGCUUGAAAAGAUCAAACAAAAGUAUGAGAAGUUGAAAGAGACAAUAGAUUCCUGGGAAAACAAGAAGAGGAAGGAAGCAAAACGCAAGCUGAACAUGCAAGAGAGUGAGCUGGAGCAAAGAAGGCUGAAAGCGAUGGACAAAUUCCGAGAUGACGUGGACCGUAUUGAUCAAAUUGCAAGGGGAGCAAGAGAACAAGCAGAUGCAAAACGAAGGAAGGAAGAGCUUAAAGCAAGAGAAAAGGCAAAUAGAAUCAGAACAACAGGAAUGCCUCGGGGACCAUGCUCUUGUUUCUGAGAUAACUAUUAUAUCUAUCGCUUGGGGCCAUCAGUAGAUGUUUCUUUCAAUUAUUGUAUCUAUAAUUCUCUCCUUUUCCCUCUCUUUUAAGAAAAUCAUGUAUGGCGCUAAACUAUAUCAAAUCCACAAAAUUUAUGAAAAA